AUGGACUUUCCUGGGGGAUGCAUCACAAACGUUCGCGUCAUUGAUGGGUUCUCCAACGUCUACUGGAGGAUCUACACUGAAGAUACCAGCGGCACUAAUCCUCCAGGUGACGGCCCCAAUAAUGGGCAUACCCUAUUGAAGCAUAUCAGUCGCCUCAAAGAGCUCGAGCUUCGGCUAAGGAGUCAAGGUAGCUUAGUGUUGAUUUACCCGAGACGCCUUGGUCUGUUGAUAUUCUCCGCCACUCCCGACUUUGAGCACCUCGCACCAGUACUUUUAAGUGAAAGCGGAGAUCAGACAAAUCGCCUUCUUGUUGGCUCUACAAUUCUAAAAGUCUGGACAUCGGGAAGCGUCUCUGCUGCGGAUUUGGCGAAGAGUCACCUGUCAGAUCUCCAGACCACGAACGCCAAUUCUCCCGCACCAUCCCAACGGCUGCAAAACAACUCUGUGCAACCUAGGCGGGCGGAUAAUUCUGGCGGCUCCGCGGCAAUAUAUGCCUCAUUUAUCUCAGCCGUCACCGCCGCAUUCAGUCUACAAAUAGUUCGACAAAACAACGCCAUUCCUCUGGGACCGCGGACUCUCUUCAACACCGUCAACGGUAAUUUAGAUGAUGGCCAGGGCCCUGCCGGCAAUGGGUCCACUUCUGUUUCAGCACUGACCUCCCUCCACGUCCAGUUGACUUCGGCAGGAAAAUUGACCAUUGCCUUACAGACUAUUGCGCAGACUGGAUUGUUACGACUGAGCCAACCAGAAGAAAGUGCAUCUGCUAUUCUACCCGGAGCUGAUUUAUGGCUAGCACCUACUGGUUCAAUUGCAAGACUAAUAACUUCUCACUCGGAGAAAAACAGCCAUUCGCGCCCCACGUCGGCCUCGGAAGAUAUUAGACGAUGGCAGUUAAAUGUUCUAGAAUGGUUGGGAUACUUUGGACUACCCACUGAACCGGUGACCGAUGAUGGCUGGGUGGAGGUUGAGGUCUGGGAACCGUUCUAUUCCAGGUUGUCCGGAGAAGCCGCUCGACUCAAAGAAGAGAAUUCUUCGCUCCCGCUAAAACGUAUACUUUGGCCUGCAAUAUACUGCUUCCGAAGAUCAAAGUCAAACCAGUCAGAAACCUUGGACAGAACCGGGGAGAGUUUUCCCUUUCUUUGUGACCCACUGGACUUCGCGGAGGGUUGGUGUGCUAAAGAGAUACCCAAGGCUGUGGAGACGAAGUCGGAGCUUCCUUCCAAGAACCAAGAACGGCAGGUUAACAGCCAAGACACAUCAUCACCCGGACCUGUCGGUCUGCCAGAAGGGAUAGAAAGUCUAUCCCGUGCCUCUCUUCACCCUGAAGUGCAGAGCGCCAACCUUGUGUAUCCGACGCCGCCAGAUGGGACGGCCGGCAUAGGACUUAAUCCCGUAGUGCCGACUACGACAAAAAACGCGUUAGAUCCAGAUACGACUAUGGAUUUCGGCCCGGCGGCGGGGCUUGGUGUCGGAUCUGGUCUUUAUGACACCAAUGAAGACGAUGAUCUUUUUGGAGACAUGAACGAAAAGGACUUUGGUACCAAGGGGAUCACAGAUGCCGACUUUAGUUUUUUCGAUGACCAAAACUUUGAUCAACCUAGCAAUGGCGGCAAUAUGGAGGAUAUUCAAGAAAGUCCUGGGUUUAUCGAAUCAAACAAACCGGAUGUUCCCCUUGGACCUUCAGAUCUAGUUUCGUCCUCACCUGUCUCGGUUGAUAGAAACAACACUCCGAAGGGAAGCCUCGAGCAAAUACAUCCUGCUCCUGUGCCUCAUGGUCAGCCGCUUUCCGUGAAUGAUGCACUAGUAUUGUCGCCUCACCAGGAUCACGCUCAGACAGCCAGUCCCCCCCUCAGCCCUGUUGAGGUUAAGAAGAUCCUUUUUCCAGAGUCAAGUACCAGCCCAAAAUCUCUCGCUAAGACAAGCAACGCACUGAGUCACUACAGUCCAGUCGCAUUCAAGAGCAAUAUCUCUUCAUGGGAUCAAAAGUAUGGUGCAGACGGCAAGUUUUCUUUUAUGGGAGUAAGGACCGCGUUCAACCAUGAUCCCCACACUUCUUCGGAUGGUAUUCCAACUAUUGGCCUGCCGCGUCGAAAAAGUCAUAUGAAGGCGCUAGCAUACUCUAAAAAAGCCGAUGCCGAAGGGAGCCCGGUUGAUGAAGUCGACUCAGCUUCAAGUCCCGAUUCUGAGAGCGAGUCAGAUGACGGGUGUGACAAUACUGGCCCAGAGAACACUAUGCCAUACAUGACCUUGACAACCUUGAAAAGAAAGCGUGCGGUCUCCAGCCCGAUUAAUUCUCCUAAACCAUCUUCGGUGAUGAGCUCAAUUGGCGCCGAGCAGGAGGUAAAUAUGCCUAGGUCUGAGGAUUCAAUCUUUAUAGGGAACUUUCUCUCUAUUUUCUCGGAUUUGUCAAUUGCUGGAUUUUUCACAUUAUCUGAAAACCAUAUCUUCCCGUCGCUUGCAUCGCGAGAAAUACAAGUUCAGGUUGCUCAGCUUUUAGUUGACCAAGUCACGCAAUCAUCGUUGGAUCACAAGAUUGAUGGCAGAUUUAGUGUCUCUUGCCUGGAUAAUCAGCCGUCUUGGUCUCGGGAAUUGCUAGAGGGUUCCGAAUAUUUGGGUGGCAUUGAAAAGCUCGAUUUGAACAGUUUUGUCUCACUACAGGAGCAAAAUGCACAAAAUUUUCUCUCACCAGAUGCUGGUCCCGCUCCUCGUCAGAACCUUCAACAUAAAGACACUGGUAGAGGGUCGAUCACGAAACUAUCACCACCACAUCUACGUGUCCGGCGCGGCAAAGACUUUCUGGAAACUCUGCCUCCCGCUAUAUCUUUCUGGGAGACGUUUGACCUGGAACCUGCUCAUGGACCGAAGGAUAUUACUGCUUAUUGCAUACACCCUCAAUUCUCGACUAGAGCAGCCAAUGUAUUCCUGGACAGGUUGGGUCUUCUCUACCCUAGCUGCAACCUUGGCAGCCACUCCAGGGGAGAAAAUAUCGAUGCAUGCAGAAACGGGUUAGUUGAAUGGGAUGUCAAAUCGGUAAAGAGGCCCAAUUAUCAAACGGCUGUGCAGCAGCUAAAGCUAAUCUGUGAGGAGCUCGGGACCGCUCUUUUGGAUGGCAUGCCAUCAAAGGACAAUAUUGUUGUUUAUAUCAUAAACCCGUUCUCACAUGCUGCUUCGCUGGUUGACAUUUGCGCUGCGUUCUGGACCCUACUACAAAAUUACUUCGCCAGCGCCGAGAAACCACCUAAACAAGUAGAUGAAGUUUUGCUGCAGAUCGUUCCAUUGGAUUUCGUUAUGUCGGCGGAGUCUUUAGUUGUGCCUCCUCAGGCAGAAUAUUUAAACCUGGCCUUGGAAGUCUACAGUCGGUGCUCUACAAGACAAAUGCAACCGAGCCUUGUGAACUGCGCGCCACCUGUAAUGCUGGCCGAGACUCUUCCCCCAUCAAUUGGAUUCAGGCUUGCUUCUGAACGUUUUUCGCCUCUGCAGGAAGGGAGAUGUCUUCACGUUGCAUGCUCUAGAAGUCAAGAUCAGCGAUGGAUGACCGUGGCAUGGUCAGACAACUCUGGGGCCCUGCAACGAACAAUGUCUUACUGCCUUCGUUUUCGGAACUCUACGGCUUCUCGGACUCUUUCUGCUGUGCGGUCUGAGAUUUGGGCUGCAACAAGGGAUAUCAUGGACAAAAGCCAAGGACGAUGGAGAGUCAUCAUCGUCAAUACCGACAAUGUGGACCAGGACGAAUAUGACACAUGGUUGAAUCUUGCGGACCAGUACAACAAAUCACGAUCCAUGGCUAUAGAAUUGGCGAUACUGAGCGUCAAUACCGCCUUUGAUAUUUCCCUCAGCCCUCCACCGUCACCAUUAUCAAUGAGCCUUCUUAAUCCCCAGGCUUCUUCGACGCCUAUUGCUACCCCGGUUCCAAGUGGCUCUAUCCUUUCUCCGGAUGGACCGGGAAAUGCUCCAACUCCCCCGAGUGGUGCCAAUGCAGCAAAUAAUGCUCUCACUCCGACGGACUCACUCCUAGAGUCAGAAUCCGAGUCUCUGCUUGUUGACAUUUGCGACGAAUCCUGGUGUGUUCUAUUAUCGCAUCGGUUAAACGGCAACCUUCAUCUCACCGAGUACCGCCCUGCGUUAGCUAGUGGCUAUCUAGUUCGGCGCAGAGGUACUACGGAUGCGGAUGGGGCAUAUACCAUGAACGUUAACCUCUUAUUCACACAGCGACCUUCAACCCAUUACGAAACGACCCUCCGCGAGAUCAUAGGAAUGUACCGUGACCUGGCGACACUUGCGCGAGUACGAGGCACGCGGAUAGUUCAAACUGGCACGCUGCCGUGGCAUAUCGCCACUGCAAUGCGUGCUCAAGAAAUAUUGAGUUAUGUUUUGUGA